CGUGAUGUUUAUGCACGAUGAAUUUCAGCUACAUACUUGUCAACAGAGAAAGACAAGUAAUUUCGUGAAUACAUUUGACGCAUUCAGUUUGAGUUAAGCCAGAUUUGUAUUCAUGUUUAUUUAAUAGAUAAAGAGGCAUUAUCGUCGGCCAAGUUCGCGCUGACGACCUUUCAUUCUCUUAUCACAGUCAUACAAGCUAGCCAAUUUUUCGAAUGCUUUGUGGCUAUUCAAAAGUCUCGUCAGUUAUCAAACACUAGGUACAUGUGUCUAUAAAAAUAGCAGUAAAGCGGUUGUACGUACCUGGUAAAUAUAUUUUAUUGCAGUAAACCCUCAAGGUGUUGCUGAAAUUAUUUCCUUCACAAACAAUACAAUAUGAGAAAGAUAAUGGAUUUUGCAUCUUUAAAACGGAUUAAAUUCAAAAUACUGCAAUGUGGGACUACAAGAACCAAAAUGUUGAAUCUCAGUUGGAGGAAGAUAGUGAGACACUUCAGUAACUAUGUUAGAAUAGUUGAAGUGGGGCCACGCGAUGGAUUGCAAAAUGAGUCAGUUAUUGUACCAACUUCGACGAAAAUCAGUUUUAUAAAUAAACUCUCUGAAACUGGUCUGAAGACUAUAGAAGCAACGAGUUUUGUUUCUCCCCAAUGGCUUCCACAGAUGGGAGACAACAAGGAAGUCUUUGAGGGUAUUAACAUCAAGCCCGGCAUUAGCUACCCUGUCCUAGUUCCAAACCUCCAGGGAUUGCACCAGGCUUUGGAUGUCGGUGUGCAGGAAGUUGCCAUCUUUGGUGCAGCCUCGGAAGCAUUCAGCAGAAAGAAUAUAAACUGUUCGAUUGCAAAGAGCAUUGAAAGGUUUUCUCUAAUCACAGAACAGGCUGCACAGCGCAAUAUCAGAGUCAGAGCUUACAUAUCUUGCAUCGUCGGAUGUCCAUAUGAAGGCGACGUUAAGCCCUCGGUUGUAGCAAGCUUGGCUGCAUCCAUGCUUGAACUUGGAUGCUAUGAGGUAUCAUUGGGUGAUACCAUUGGCGUUGGAACGCCCAAAAAGAUAAGAGCAGUUCUUAACGAGUUAAAAACUUUAUCUCCAUCUGGAACCUUCUCGGAGUUUGCACUUCAUUGUCACGAUACUUUCGGACAGGCACUAACAAACAUUUAUUCAAGCCUGGAUUUUGGCAUCAGGAUCUUUGAUUCAUCUGUUGCUGGUCUCGGAGGCUGUCCGUAUGCCGCUGGAGCUUCUGGGAAUGUUGCGACGGAAGAUUUACUGUACUUUCUCAAUGGGCAAGGUCUUGAGUCUGGUGUCGAUUUGAAAAAAGUUAUUGACGUCGGAGAUUACAUCAGCACACAAAUUGGCAGAGAGAACAAAUCCAAAGUUGGCACUGCAAUACUUAGAAAAGAGAAGCACACCAGAGUGAAAAACUAAUUUAGAGAAAAUCUGUGAAAAUCAUUGUAAUAUGCAAAACAUUUUUUUUGUUUCAAUACAAUUUUCAACAUACGUUAGCUAUCAAUUUGUUUCAAAGUAACUCACCUGCUCUAGAGCAUUAAGAAUUUUCUGAAAAUUCAAGAUUAAGUCAUGUCCACUUUUAAAAAAUAUGUCAUUUUUAUUUUCAGUUUUUUUUUCCUACGCAUUUCAUACUCCAUCAGUAGGGCAUUGAAUUUCCCCUAGAUCUUUAAUUAAUUAUUACCUUAUAGCUAGUUUAAAUUAAAUUCAUUCAGAAAAUGGCUGUAUAUAUUACACCUUUACUUUAACAGUAAAACAAAUAAUUGCUCUGUUUAAUGAGGAAAUUAUAACCGACAUAUUGAUAAGUAGAAACUCAAAAUAAACGGUUGAUUAUGGUUAUUAUAAAAGUGAGGAUGUAUCAAAUUUGUAAAUACAUAACUUUCGUUAUUGAAACUAAGCAUGAUAGACAAAUUUAUGGAAUGAAAGCGAAGGUCUUAAAAAUUAUUUUUGUUUUUAUUAAUGAGUAUGACUUCUUUGAUGUGAAUUCAGAACUAGGAGAUGCCAAGUUUUACUUAAUGUUAUCUACCAAUUAUGCAAUAAUAUCUGUCCCGCUUUGCAAGACUUCGGAACAUUGAAAUUAUUUCCAGUACAUACUUCACUCAAGAGUAUACUAUAAUGCGUAACAAAGUGGCAAACUCGGUGUUUUCAGGCCGAGCGUAAGUUUGUAAUCUGAGUCGUUGAUCAGCACGCAGGCGAGCCCAAUAAGAAUAUAACGAAUACGAGAGCCGAAGGAGAUCAUUGCCUCUUUGUUGUAUACUAUUCUUUUCACAUGUAACAAGACUAUGUUACGUGGAUUUUCACGAAGCACGAAAUUGAGGUUGAGGUCGUGUAAUGUCAGAUUGGUUGGGACUGCGCAUACG